GAAAGUUCUCUCCUUUGCGUAACGCAGUUCGACACAUUCAGAUCUCAGGUGGAUAAAGCGAAGAUCUCAGACGGAAAAUACUCGUUUUUAAUCUAACUUUUACUCUCAGGUGAAUUGAUUAAAGUCGACAUUUCUCUGUUGGUUGCCAGGCCUGCAGGUUCACCUCGGAUAUAAACAUACCGUUGGUACCAGCAACUAAAACACUAAAUAUUUAACGAGAGGAGGAACGGUGGACAGAGGUGUGGUACUUUUUCUCUUUGGGGCCUUUUCUUUGUUCAUUUUCUGUCUAACUGCCAACUCCUGGAUUGACCUUUGAUGGACUACAUGGAUACUGGACCGAAAUACAACAUAAAGAGGGAAAAUGAGUGGGAAAUGUCAGAGCAUUUCCUGCAGGCAACCGAUAACAAAAAGCUUGAGAAGAAGAAGGGUCCAAGGAAAACUGGUGCUGUGAUCGGUGUGGUGAUACUUGCUGCUGUCAUUGCGCUGAUGAUCGGACUGCUGGUCUGGCAUUUUCACUUCCGUAAAGAUGUGCGGGUGAAGAGGAUGUACACCGGCUCAAUGCGGAUCACCAACCAGGUGUUUGACAACGCCUACGAGAACUCCAACAGUUCUGAGUUCAAGGCACUAGCGAAGCAGGUGGUCCAACAGCUUAAAGUCGUCUAUUCCACAAAUCCGCAGCUGCGCAAAUAUUAUGUGGGGUCUACAGUACAGGCUUUCAGUGAAGGGAGCGUUAUUGCCUACUACCUGUCAGAGUUCAACAUCCCCACCGGUCAAGAGAAAGCUGUUGACAGUGCUAUAGCUAAAUUAGAUCAACUAGUCAAAACUGAGCAGAGAUCCAUAGCAAGAAAGUCGGACACCCUGGUUCUUGCAGAUGUUGUGUCCUCAGCUCUUGAUGCCCGCUUAGCUUCAUCAUCUUUCAGCAGAGUCAUGAAGUUUUCAGAUCAUGUAAAGACAAAUUACAUUGGGAAGAUCAGGUCCGCUGGCUUCCCCAACAGUCCGUAUCCCCCCGACACCUUCAUGCAGUGGGAGUUGCGAGGAGACCCCAACCACAUUCUCAAGCUUGAGUUUGAUAGCGUGCAUCUGGAAAAGGACUCCAAGAAUGACUUUAUCAAAAUCUACGACUCCCUGGUAACCAUUGAGAGCCGAGUUAUAGGAGAGUUGUACGGGUAUUAUUCUCCCAGUGUGCCGCUGACAUUUCUCUCUUCUGGUAAUGUCAUGCUGGUGACGAUGGCCACAGAUAAAGAAAGGAACAAUCCUGGUUUUCAAGCACAAGUCUCACAAAUCAGACUUGGAAGUAAAGAGCUCAGCUGCGGCGGCCAGCUGACGGACACAAAAGGCAGUUUCUCAUCUCCAAACUUCCCAAACUAUUAUCCUCCAGAUACAACAUGUCACUGGUUGAUCAAGGUCCCCAGUGACAAAGGGGUGAAGGUGACCUUUAAAAAGUUUCUUUUGGCUGCACCUGGGCAAGAAGACAAAACCAACUGUCAGAAUGACUAUGUGCAGCUUAACGGGAUUAAACUGUGUGGAGAACACCCUGAUGGAGUGCUGACUGAAACCAGCCAAACUAACGAAAUGACUGUGACGUUUAUUUCUGACCGCUCCUACGUGGACAGAGGUUUCCAGGCAGAGUUUGAAGCCGUUGACGUGAACGACCCUUGUCCAAAACAAUUCCUGUGCAAAAACCAGCGCUGCAUCAAACCUGUGCUCAAAUGUGACGGCUGGAAUGAUUGUGGAGACAUGAGUGAUGAGAUGAACUGCAAGUGCACUUCAGAUAGCAUCACCUGUAAAAAUGGACUGUGUAAGCCCAUGUUCUGGAAAUGCGAUGGUGUAAAUGACUGUGGAGAUAACACAGAUGAGAUGAACUGUGGUGGCUGUUUACCUGGAGAGUUUAUGUGCAAGAACAGCAAAUGUGUGUCUGAGAAGAAGCAGUGCGAUGGCAUCAAUGACUGUGGGGACGGCUCAGAUGAGCUUAACUGUAAAGAAAGUAAAGGAGAUGUUGGCGUACCCUGCACUGAUGUUAACUAUAGAUGUAAAAAUGAUAAAUGCAUCUCUAAAGUCAACCCGGAGUGUGACGGGACGAGUGACUGCGCAGAUGGAUCUGAUGAGGAGAACUGCGAUUGUGGGACGCGCAUGUUUAAAUCCACGCGUAUUGUGGGCGGACAGGAUGCAGAUGAAGGAGAGUUUCCGUGGCAGGUCAGCCUCCAUGUCAAAGGCUACGGUCAUGUAUGUGGAGCAUCCAUCAUCAGUCCUAAAUGGCUGGUCACUGCUGCCCACUGUGUCCAAGAUGAUGGCAAGACAAGUUUCUCAAAGCCUGGCACUUGGGAGGCUUACCUCGGUCUACACGCCCAGCAGCAGAUUGGGCCUCAGGUCGUGAAGAGGAGCCUGAAGCAGAUCAUACCCCACCCUUAUUAUAACGCGUACACGUUUGACAAUGACAUUGCCCUGAUGGAGCUGGACAACCCUGUCGCAUACUCAGACCGCAUCAAACCCAUCUGUUUGCCAGCCCCACAGCAUGACUUUCCAUUUGGGGAGUCAGUGUGGAUCACAGGCUGGGGUGCCACACGAGAAGGAGGAUAUGCUGCAAAAGUCCUCCAAAAGGCUCAGGUCCGAAUCAUAAACCACGAUGUGUGUGACGGAUUAAUGGGAGGGGUCCUCACAUCCCGGAUGUUGUGUGCUGGAGUGCUGACAGGAGGAGUGGACGCUUGUCAGGGAGACUCUGGGGGUCCUUUGUCAAGUCCGGCAGGUAAUCGCAUGUUCCUGGCAGGAGUGGUUAGUUGGGGCGAUGGCUGCGCUCGCAGAAACAAACCAGGCAUCUACACAAUGGUCACUAAAUUCCGUGGCUGGAUCAAAGAAAAGACACAAGUCUAAAGCCACUGCGAAAUGCUCAAAGGAGGCUAAAAAUAAGGCUGUAAACAUUGACUGAUGACAUGCAUAAUAGCACAGAUGGCUGCACCAGUAAAACUUCACUCUGACUGUCCAGCUGAUGCAGUAACCUCAACUCCCUGUUGCAGCUGCAGUGGAGAAUGCACUGAUGGUCGAACAGCAACGGCUGCACAUUUUACACCUACUGUGAUGUUUUAGGGGUUCUUUUGUUUGUUGUUUUCUGCGUGUUGUUUUUUUUUUUUGUUUUGUUUUUGUAGGAUGGGGUUCAUGAAAUAUUUUUAAAUAUAAAUGAAUGUUUUGAUGGACAUUAUAUUCUGCAGAGAAUAUAGUUUUUAAGGUGUGAUUGUUACAUGUGUACAUAUGAAACAUACAUUUUUACUGUCAUGUAUUAUGUGCUGCCGUUCCUAGAAUUUUUCACAGCUGUCUAUUUUCUUUUUUUUUUUUUUUUUUUUAAUUAUGUCAAUUUAAAGCUAACCUGACAGCAAGCUUAUUCUGUCUUACCUCCUAUGGAUUGGUAUUUUAAAUUCAGCAGAAAUCCCUGUAAAAGAAGUGAUUUCGCUCUUGCAAAAAGCUAACAUGUCGGCUGCCCUUUUAUUUCCAAAGAAUGCAAUCUGCUUUUUGUAACUAUGAAACCAACGAACAGGCUGGUAACAAGCUUGUCAGUUUUAUUGGUCUCAAAUAAAUGUAAAUGUGUAUUUUAUGGCAGAUCUCUCUAAAUAAAUGAUUUUUUUAUAACCUCCA